AUGGGUGGAAAUCUGGCGUCCCCUGCGAAUUUUUUCGCUGGUGGGGCCAGGCGGGGCUGUCGUGUUGAAUUCUCCGCCACAGCCCCUUCUACAGCCCUGCCAAGCCCCUUCAUAGCCAAAUCUAGCCCCGCCAUAUUUGAGUGAGUUACGCGAGGCCGGUGCUGGAAGGAUUAAUUAUAGGUUGACUAGGCCCAAAGGCUAAUUGGUCCCCUUACCAAAUGGCCAUUUUGCGCUAAUAAACUUGAUUCUCUGCUGUUCCCGUGUACCUGUGAAUUUUAUUUCGCCGGUGGGGCCAGACGGAACUGUCGUGUUGAAUGUCUUGCCAAGGCCCCUUCCACAUCCCCGCCUGGCCCCUUUAUAGUCCCCCCUAGCCCGCCAUUUUUGAUGGGGCUAGGCGGGGCUAGGAGGGGCUGGUGCUGGCAGGGUUGCAAUGAAUAAAAUCAAAACAAUCACACAAUGAAUACCGUUCUUAUAUGUUUGAUUGACGACUAAAAAUUUCACUCAGUAAUCUUUAAAGAUAAAAUAUGUCGUAAUCGCUACUGAACGUCAUCUAAGUGGUCUCAUCAUCGUACGGGACAUUUCGACGAUGAGGGCUACAUUAUGGAGCUAAUUUUACGCAUUCCCAUCUUAAUAUAGCCUACUUUAGAAGUUUAAUACAUAAUUUAAAACAAGAAAUUGCUAAUGCAUUAAUCCGUAAUGACGUUGGGCUAGGACCACACCUAGCCCAACCGUGGCCCAAAGGGCAUAUGCCAUAUAUUCUACUACCAUGGUAUGGCAAUACUGUACGUAUAAUCUGAGUAACAACCCUUCCAUUAGGCAUAAAGAACAUUUAUAAUUAAAUUAUUCACAAAUAUAUCCUAAUUAGACUCAUAUUUUUGAAAUAUUGCACACAUUCAUGUACCAAAUUUAUUAUAACUCGAUGUUUUGUGAUGUCAUGGUUGAAUUAAUUAAUUUCAAUACAUUUAUGUGCCGGUUCUUACUUAUAAACAAAUAUUCCUCGAGGGACACUCAGUAAACUGUUUGCAUCCGUCAAAACGCAAUCGGAAUCUAUAUGCAGCAAACCCGGUAUGUCGUAAAAUGGAUGAAGAUUCAAAAGGGCGGCGGAUACAAGGCUGUUAGAGAAUGCUGCUUAUGGGCAUAAAGAUGUAUUCGAAGAAUCCUCAAACCCUUGGGUGAACACACAAAAGAUUAGAUAAGGCUUAUCGACAAGUAAUGGUUCGCACUUUUUGGCAGUCAUCAUUUAGCAGUCGGUAUCCGUAGGUAGAGUAUGUUUUAUAUUAUUGACAAAGUGCAUUCCACGCAGAUUGGGGACGAACGAGCAAAAUUUUUCGGACAGUUGUGAAUUUCCAAGAGGCCAAUGGAAAAACCGCCCGACAUCUUGCAAACUGAGACAUUUUGUCAAUUUUGUGCUCCUUUUUACUCCCGCCUACAUCUUAGAUUUUUAACUGUUGUGCGCAAUUUCGUGGACAGCCGAUUUUGUCUGAUAUAGUCAGACUAAGCGAUGCGAUUCUUGGCGCAGAAAUGUGAGAGAUGACGGUGAUGAUAUUCUUACCACUAUGUUUUGCGUCAAAGACUCAGACUUGUGAGAUAAUAGGAUGAGUCUGACAUCUGAACAUACUGCAUAAUAUAAAGUAGUGCAUUCAGACAUUAAAGUCUCUGAACUAACAUCUACACCACGUCACGAUAACUUGCCACUAAAUAAUAACUGAUCCAAAGGGAAACAACUAAUCUGACUUCGCAAACAAAAACAUGUUUUUCUUGAGAGUGCAGACAUAGUUCUUGAACUAAUAUGCAAUGCGGUAAACUAAAUUCAUCAGCGUUCGUAGUAUAUAACGUACGAGAUACAGGCUGCAGUCGCCUUACAUCUUUGAAUUCGAGUUCGUAUAGUCAUUUGGCAGAAAAGGUGAUCCAAAAACAUCUACAGCCUUGACCUAUACCUUUGAUAAUGCUCCGCUUCUCGCGCCCAUUCAUACUCCCGACGUAUAAUUUUUGCUGAUGAGUAACGCACGAGUAAUUUUCGUUUCCCUGCUCUUCCUAUACAACUUGCAUUUCACUGAUCAGCUCAGUGCUCGCCGCUUCAAGUAAUGACAGACCAGUAAGAAAUUGUGGACACUUAUAUUACACGUUUUACAUAUAAACGACAAAAACGCGAACGGAUAUAUAUAUUCUUAAUUCAAUUCCGAUUUAUUAUUUCUCACAUUACAUCAUAAGACUGCAUGCAUUGAUAGGGGCGAGAGAUUUCGCGAAUGGAAAAAAAUGAGCAAUAGCUCUCUCAGGCGAGGAAAAAUUAUGCAUAAUUUUUGCACCCCUGGAUAAUAUGUUCCAAAUUGUAGUUGUGUUCACAGAAAAGGACCGAUCGUAUUUAACGGAACGUGCAAAAGGGAAAAAAUAUCAAGAACUAACGGUAACCUUAUGCAGAUAGAAUCUCUGCCAAAGCCUCACAGAUAUGUGGGUUCAUAUCGCAUAGUAUUUUCUUGCAUAAAUGAAGCUAAGACUUUAUCAUAUACUUAUUCUUCCUGUCCUCGAAUACUGCUGUCCUUUCAUUGGUUUAAUGAACGCCUGUGACCGCUAUAAGAUCGAAAAUGUUCAGAGGGUUUUCAACCGGAAACUGUCCUCUCAAGUCGCAUUCGGUAGUUCUUACACUCAGAGAUGUCAGUUGGCAAACAUUAAGAUUUUGUGAAUAAGAAGACUCGAAGCUGGCCUUUGCUUCCUUUUUCGCAUUAAGUCUAGCUCCAAUCUUCCGCACACUGGCACUCUUGCUCCAAGAGAUCCGCCUUAUGCCACGCGCAACUCCUCCAUGGUGAUUCCGCCGCUUCUUUGCACUACAUCUAAGAACUAGCUCAUCUAUGCCUUCAAAUAUACCUUCGUUUGGAGGAAUCUUCCUAUAGAAAUUAGGUCAUCGUCUAACUUACUGGUAUUCAAGUCGAAGUUACGCAAACAGCUUACACCGGAAAGUAUAAAGACACCUUUAACGGUCUCAUUCCCGAACACUCGGCUUUUUGAUUUCGAGAAGGGUUCUCCUGAGAUUUAGUGGUAGAUCAAGUGGAAACCCUCAGCAAUAUCCUUACAACCUCCUGUUUUUAAUUGUUUACUUAAUCCACUGCCAUCACUACUCCGCCAUAGUGAGGAUUUUCGCGGUUAUCUAUGUCAUCUCUUCAUCUCGACCUAAACCGGUGUGUGGACGCUCACUGCGGAAGCCUCAGUAUUCGCCGUCUACUAGUAAUUUGGUCGUACCUCCCUGGCCAAUUCCUCGGCUGGGCUCGAAGCGAACGGUGGCCGAUGGCGUCUGGGUUUCUCUCGCUUGGCCACUUUGACGCGAAUAGAAUAAUCCGGCGUGUGAGUUCUGCCCUGACGAUGUCUGGUUUGAAUUCCUUAUGCAAUACCACAUGCAGGCCAAUCCUGUUUAACCCUUAAUGAAUGACAUUUUUUCCGCUCCGACAAUGUCCGUCUUUAAUCCUUUGUACACUGCCACGAGCAGGCCGGUCCAGCCCGAAUUUUUGUCCUUUCAUGAGCUACGGUGUUUUUCUCCCGAAAGUGCGAUCUAGUUAAUUUUCAUAUUCUAUGGUGACGUUUUUCCCUGCUCGCUAACCAUUUUUCUUAAAGGACUACAAAUUCAGAAACUAUGAAUUACAUUUUGCACAUAUUCUGUCUACCUCGACUAAAAUUCAUAAGAAAAUUUAUUUUUAAUUGUUUCGAUUGGACCCCAAAGGGUCUUUAAUAAAACUUUUGUUAUUACUAUUUAUUAUUGUCAAUUUUGUUAUCUAACACUCACCUUUUGGACGCUGAAAAGAGACCUUCUGUGAUUUAGACGUAGACGUCGAAAGUAUUUUCAUGUUCGGCUGAAAACCUACUUAAUUCUUGCGACUCCUUACUUUUAACUAGUUAAUAACUUGACCGGUGUCGUCCCCUGCACUAAUGACCUCCACGAACUUUUUUACCGCACGGGAAAAUUAUGCACUCCCGGAGACCAUUCCUCUGGAGAGAGUCUAUAACUUUUAGAGCUUGGGCGUGAUGAACGCCAGUCCAUCUCCAUCAGCACCAGCCGGCUUUCGCAUUCAAUCCCAUGAAGUGGAAAGACGCAUGAAUAUCGAGACUACUCAGGACAAUUUAAGAUUUUUUAAAUUCUAAUGCUCAAAGUUUCGUUUUGAUAAUCGACGGACUGAAAGCGCUAGUUCCAGAACAAAACCCCAGUAUCGCUGUCAUAACAAAAACGCGACUAAAAGUCGAAAUAUUGGAUGCCGAGAUUUCCAUACUGGGUUACCAGCUCUUUCGCGUACUCCGUCAAAAUAGACAAGUCAGUGAGUUUGUCGUAAAUGUAUGGGCGUAAAUGUCGGCAAUUGAACGAUUUGAACCCUCUUCCUUGGAUAUGAAUCCUCUCGGCUUAGGAUCAAGAAGAGUACCGCAAAAAAACCAUGAAUUCCUGGUGGUUUACAAACCCCAAGCCUUCCGAGCUCAGCUGACGAGUCGCUCCUCAAUUCGGUCCCAGAGGCAGAUAAAAACCAAGCUGUUAUUAUUGGUGAAAAUCUCAACGCACCAGCAAUAGACUGGGAAGUCUGGCAGUAGACGGUGCGCCAACAUCCUUAAGCCGUAAGCUAAUGGACCUCACACUCGACUUCCCGCUGGCAGUGCAUGCAAAGGCACCAACAGGAUGUAGAGAAGACCAGAAAGUCAAUGCUUCGACCUACUUCUUACGAGGUAUUUCACUUAUAUUGGCGAAGCGUAUUCCAGUGUACAUGUCGGAAAGAGUGACCAUAAUACGCCGCUAUCGGACUGUCGCACUUCUCUCAACGCCAGAAGAGAACAAAAGGCCAGCGAAAUACAUUGAAAGCAGAUUUAAACAUGAGGAAGAAUUAAUUGAUGUCCGUGAAUUGAGACUGUUUGCUCAAGGCGCGCAGCGCAAUUUCAAAGAUAAGUGAAGCUCUGCAUUUAUCUCGAUAUUCUUAAGUAAUUAAUGCCUGUUUUUUACUUGAGUCCCUUUUAAAAGUCGCCUUUCAAUAAAAGGUAAAAUUUUUUCCCAGUUUUGUUUGACAGUCUGGCAAAAUAGUCGUAUUUUGUAAAAAAUCGAUUGUAGUGAAUCCUUUCCCUACUACCGCUCUCUAGUUUUUGUAGUUAAAUAACAGUAAUACUUGCUAUUCAGUGCGCUUUUCCGUACGUUGAAAACGUUUUGAUCCUUCUUCUGUAACGAAAAACUUUUUUUUGUCUGUAAUGCCCUGCAGAGCACGUGCUAAAAGGCGAAAGCUUGCGGCCUCCCCACCGUCUCUGGGUGCUAAAAUCGUGACUGAAGACAUAGCAGGUGCCAGCAUAUGUCCUUCGCCGUCUACAGAUCCUAUUAACUCACAAAUCCCUUUAGUACAUGUAGAACCUCUCGACGCUUCAGUCGUCCAAAAAUACGCCUCUGCUAGUCGUAGGAGGCCAUCAGCCGGCGAAAUAAUCGUUCAGCUGAUUCAUGGCGACAUAAACAACACUUCUGAAAAAGUGCUUGAACAAACUUUUAAACUUAUUGGGGUAAUAAGUUCGGAAACUGAGGAACGAAUUAAACGUAAACAUAAUUUCGUACUACGAAACAUUCCGAGCAACUUAUCUGCUAUGGAGGGAGCGCAUUUGUUCCUACAAAGUUGUGGCUUGAGUUUCAGUGUCUCACAAGCUAAGCGAAUUCGCUCGCUUAGCCGUAAUGCGCCGAUACUAGUUACCCUUUUCUCCUUGAUAGAAGUCGAUUUUAUCUUGUCGAGUAGGGAGAUGACUAGAGACUUCUGCCGUAAAUGGCGCUGCUCCGUUUCGCCAGACCUCACACCCCUGCAGCGAAGACUGAGUAAACUAAAAUCGGCAAAAACCAACACCAAGAUAAUGACACCUACUGUCAGUCUGAAUAAGUCCUCUACAACACCAUCUGCGGCAUCUGCAAGUCACGGCAUAGUCAAUUCCGUAGGGAAUUCGACUACUCAUGAUGCCGAAAUCUUUAAACACACCAUCACGCCUGGUAUAAACACGCCUCUAUCGAAUCUUCCAUCAACCCACAGUAAGCCUAAGCAUGCGCCUAAGUCAAAAGCGCAUCCAACUGUCGUCUCAGCCACUCGGACGCCGGGUAAAUCUAGCGUCAGUCUAAAAUCUUUUCAUCCAAGAUCAGCUAACAGUGCCUCAAACACCCCGACUCAAAAAGUAGCGUAUUUCUAACUGCCCCCAGCACUCAUAUCGAGGCAGUUAGGACGAAUAUGCCGAUAUUCCCACCGUUUAAUAGAACUCAUGCUGCAAUGGAAACAAUGCGUCCCACACCCCGCAUAACUUGUUUCCUCCACGGCCGUCUUACCAAUGUACUCCUCAUGCUAAUGUUCAUACUGGGUCACUUAACACAUCCGCUCCUCAGAUUCGUUCCGGCGGGGACGUGUUGCAGUAUCUGGCCCGCGGACCUCCAGCUGAAAAUAAGUUAGCUAACAAUGGUUACCAGUUUACCUGCCCAUCAUUGCCUCCCAUAAGUCCUACCCCUUUUUAUCCACGUCAGAAUCUUUUGAUGCCACAAAAUUUUUGCAGAACCAGACAAGUAUAUCCGGAAAGAUUUCUCCGAGGGCAGCCCAGAACUGGACGACGUAGCCCACCUCCCUCAGAAACAAACAGCCUUUCCCCUCAGAACGUUUCUUCUAAACGUCAGAUCCUUCCUAAAUAAGAUGCCUUUGCUUCAGAUUCUGGUGUUCGUCCAUCCUCCAGAUAUUGUUUUAGUAACUGAGAUGUGGGCAUCAGCCCCAAUAGCUGACUCCGAACUCACACUUAUAGGCAGGGGGGGGUCAAGGUUAAGCAAACACUUAUAUUUCCGCCGCUUGACCUCCCACAUUCUUCUGCAGUAGAAGGCAGCUGCUGGCUCCAGGUUGCACUAAAAAUAAGUUCUCCUUACUCGUUGGCUGCGUCUAUCGCCCUCCCAACGCCAACGACAAUCUUGAUCGUUUACUCUCACAGGCAUUUCAUGCCGUGGCCGACUCAAGCUCUAAGUAUCAAUUGGUCGCGGGUGACUUUAAUCUCCCUGAAGUCCGCUGGUCUCCGCCUUCUGGCCCCAGAAUGUUCGAAGACAUUCUUGAGGCUGUGGAUGUUGGGAUGUGGAAUCAGGUUGUCGAUUUUCCCACCCGAGGCUCAAGCAUACUUGACCUAAUUUUCUGUAGAGGCUGCAUGCCAUCGUCAGUGUCAUCCCUAGGCCCACUCGGGUGCUCAGACCAUGACAUAGUUGCUUCAACGUUGGAAUUCGAGGCUGACAAAACAUUGUCCCCAAAGUAUAACUUUUUCCGCGAUUUCCGAUCAACACGCUCAACCGAAUUAUUAACACACCUUAAUUCCUACGACUGGACUGAUUUCUUCCUUAGUUCGGAUGUGAAUGUUUGCACUGCAAAACUGUACGAAAUUUUGGAUCCGCUUAUUUCUCGUUUUGUCCCCCGUAAGAAAAUUAUUAAUGUUGGAGAUGAUGUUUUCCUACCCUUACCCUUUCGUCACAGAGUGCGCAGGCUUUAUCGACGUUUCCAUCUUCAGAACGAUGUUGCUGUUCUGCCCUUGAUUUGUGAUAUUUUUGAUCGAGCUAAGAGAUUGGUUGAAGAAAAACAGCUAGCCGAAGAGGUCCAGUUUACCGAAAAUCAUUCGUUAAAUGUCUCGAAACGUUUCUCUAGAAAAAUACGAACUCAUAGAAAGACGCAGCAUCCCAUCCUCCGAGACGCUCUCGGAAAUCCCAUAGUUGAUGCCCAGUUAACAGCUGAUAGCUUCAAUGAUUUCCUGUCCAAAACGUUUAUUGAAGACUCGACCACUCCGCUUCCAACCAUCCAGGCACUGACUGGGACAGUUCUAGAAACUAUAACUUUCACUCUGUGGGAUGUGACGGUUGCGAUUCGGCGUCUUCGUCAAUCUUAUAGUCCAGGCCCUGAUGGUGUCCCAGUAAGCAUUUUAAAAGCCGAUGCAAAUACGAUUUUCCCAUCCCUCUUAUGCAAGAUAUUUAAUAUUGCUCUUGAAAGUGAAACUUAUCCUACCUUGUGGAAGGAACCACACAUUUUGCCCACUCCUAAGCAUAGCCAAUCUACGUCAUUUGAGGACUUUCGGCCAAUAAACACCCUCCCCACCGUUUCGAGGAUCUUGGAGACAUUGACAAAGAUAAGAUGGUGUGUCACUUAACAGAGAAUAACCUAUUGAGUGCUGCUCAGCGUAGAUUCCUCAAAGCUCGAUCUUGUGACGCCUGUGAACUCUCUUUCUUUGACUAUGUUCUCCAAUCUAGGGCCAAUAGUUUUGCACUUCACACAGUAUAUUUCGAUUUCACUAGGGCUUUUGAUCGUUUUGACCAUGCUCUUCUUCUCUUGAAAUUGUCCUCUUUCGGAAUAGGUGGCAAACUUUUGAAUUGUAUAUCCUCUUACCUGGGCACUCGUACACAACGAGUUAUGAUUUCCAAUACAAUCUCCAACCCCACACGUGUGAGGAGUGGAGUCAUUCAGGGUAGUGUACUCGGCCCGCUUUUAUUUUGCCUUUUCGUUAAUGAUGUACCCGAUUUAUUUCACAUUGGUAAGCCUUUCAUGUAUGCCGAUGAUCUUAAAGUUGCAUAUCGAUAUAAGCCGGCAGAUCGUGACAUCGUGCUUGAGCUCCUAAAUAGCGACCUACAGGCUUUCGCCCAGUGGUGCCGCACAUGGCGCCUUUCUCUUUCUUGGCAUAAAUGCUCAGUCAUGGUGGUUGGCGACGACCGCCAGCCUCAACUAAAGGUGCCGAGGGUUAUAAAAGAUCUGGGCAUAUCAUACUCCAAGAGUCUCAAUCUCUCGGAGAACUGUGCCUUGAUAGUCUCCAAAGCACGCAGAAGGACCACUUUUAUCCUCCGCAACUUUAAAACUAGGGACAUCAGAAUUCGCCUUUACAACAUGUACGUUAGACCUGGUCUGGAAUACUGUUCGUUUUCAUUUAGCCUCAUACGUGCUACUGAGCGGAAGAAAAUAGAAUCCGUUCAACACUUUUUUACCAAGAGAAUUUUAGCCGCGCAACACCGACAUUUGUCUUACCAAGAACGUUGCCGGCUUACAGGCCUCGAUCCUUUAUGGUUCCGUAGAUUACAAAAGGAACUAUUUUUGCUAUUUAAACUCUUAUAUAAUCACACAUUUAACCCACUCACUUCUUUAAGACAUCAUACCCACCCACGACGUAAGAGUCACCGUGAGGUCUUCUUAUUUCUGCCUCUGGCACGUACUGUUAAAUAUCGUCGGUUCUUUUCUGUAAAUGCAAUUGCUCUUUGGAAUAAACUACCCAUGAGUGUGAAAACUCUGCAAAAUUAUCCUUUAUUUAAGAGAACUAUUACUCGAUUUUUGCAUUCAGAAAAGCUCCCACAAAUUUUAAGUGCUGAAAACUCUGAUCGACUGUACCGUAUCGAUGGCGUUUGUGGUCUCUGAACACUAUGGCCGGUCUCACCAGCUGUUCCUCAACGCCUCUAUUUUGGCUAUCCCCAACUUCAUGAAAGGAAUUUGACGUCCGAAAAUCUCCGAUACCGUGCAACCUUCCCCCCUUCUUGACGGUCGAUAUUCUACCACCGCCGGCAGUUUUUUCUCCUGAGCCCUCCAAAACAUAAAAACCACCAUCAACUGUAUUUUUAGAAUAGGUUUAUUGUUGUAGCGCCCCUUGGGCACUGUCAGUCCCCUUUGAACUCAGGAAAAAAACCUAAAACAAACUCGUCAAUUUCAACUGCACUUUGACUUCAUUUGCUUCGGGUGUCUGGUUAGCCAAAAGAGCGCGAAUUGAGAGUUUNGGACGUGGGGAGAUAAAUCAAGGGUAUUUGUAUAGCUGAGACCUAAAUCUUUUACAGAUUGGGUCUCUGUUAUUUCAUCAUCCUCGAAUAUUAUGGGGGGAAGUUUUUGUGGGCCAAAUAUCAGGAGAUGGCAUUUUUCGGGUGAAAAGGGCAUCUGCCACUGACUACUCCAUUCGCUGAGUUUUCUGAGAUCAUUUUCAAUUGUUCUAUGAAUAUUGGCUACUGUAUUCCCGUUAUAUGCAUAUGCAAUUUUAAGGUCGUCCGCAUAUAAAAACGUCUUAGCUGAGACAGAUAUGGACGAUAAGUCGUGAAUAUAUAUAAGAAAUAGAAGGGGGCCUAGGAUAGUGCCUUGAAGUACUCCACUGGUGAUAGGGGAUGGUUCUGAAACGACGUUUCGAAUUUGCACCACCUGGUAUCGGUUUUGAAGACAAGAUUUAAGAAAAUCAAGAAGGGGUGGCCUAAUUCCAUGACUUUUUAGCUUUAUCAGUAGUCUUUUAUGGGGGACUUUGUCAAAGGCCUUUCUUAGAUCGAAGUAUAUUGAAGCUACUGUGUUUCCGUCAUCUCCCUCUAGCUCAGGAGUUUUUUUCACUGCUGGUCGGAUUUAUGUUUAAUCGCUUCCCUUGACAAUGCCUGUAAACUGGCAUUAAAUAAAAAAUUUAUUUAUUUAUUUAUAUUUACGGAAGAAAAAUUGAUGGAAAAUAUACAGGGAAACGGAAUCGCCAGGGCACCUCGAGGGGCAUCGUCGUCAACGAAAUGCUGUCAAAAAUGCAUUAGUCGGGUCAGGAAGGACUAUGAAAACAGAAUUAUCCGACAGGCUGAACAAAAACCCAAAAGUUUAUUUCACUUUAUUAACAAUCGUCUGAAAAACCAAGACCGGCUGCAGUACUUAAGGGUAAUAAUGGUGUAGAAAUAGGUGAAAAUUGCACUAAAUCCGAACACUUUUGACGGUACUUUGCCUAGGUUUUCAUUAGGGAGGCGAGACUUUGGAGUCGCAAUGUCAGCAAUGCUGUUAAGACUGUUGGUCCCACGCACGAAUCCAUACUCUUACCGGUAUCUGUCGUAGAAAGAGAGUUGCGACCUCUCAAAGACGCAGAGUCGUAGCGUCCAGACAGUAUAAAAAAGAAAUUGUUGAAAGAAUUGCAAACGAACUCUUCAAACCACUAGCACAUAUCUUGAGUUCGUCAUUCGAAUUGGAGAGGCUGCCGUCAAUUCAAUUCAAUUCAAUUCAAUUAUUUUUAUUAAAGACCCGUCGGGGUCCCAUCAAAGCAAGUAAAAAUAAAUUUACAUGCCAAUUUUAGACGAUGUAGGCAAAAUCUGCACAAAGAACAAUGCAUAGUUUUCGAGAUUAGAAGUCCGUUAAGCAAAGCGAAAAUGAAAAAAACGAGGGGUGAAAAAAAAACUCCAAAGCAAAAUUUAAAAAUGAUUGUAGUAAUUUAACAGGAGAAAAAAAACCCCUCAGAAAAAUAGCAUCAGAAAAAAAGGGAGGACUGGCCUGCAUGUGGCGGUACAAAAUGGAAUAAAGCCCGAUAUCAACAUGGCCGAAAUAGAUGUCAGCUGUAUAUGGUAUUGUGUAACGGAUUUCAUAAAAUGGUACGUAGGCGGGUCGGUCAGGACUGGCCUGUAUCGCCUUGAAUAAGAAAAAUAAGUGCCGAAAUUGAAAACCAGUCUCAAGCCGAUAGGAACCCAGAUGCGGUCAGUUUCAUUCAAGCGAGUCCAUCCGAACAUGGGGGAAGGGAGAUGCGAACAAACUACUAGUAUAUGGCUAAUAUAGAAGGCUUCGCCAAGAGCAUCGAUGGAGCGCAUUCAGUGAGGGCAUCAUGAAGAUCAGGCCCGAGACGAUAGGAACCCAGAUGCGGUCGGUUUCAUUCAUCCGAGUCCAACCGAGGAUGAGGGAAGGGAGGUGCGACCAAACUACUAGUAUAUGGCGAAUACAGAAGGUUUCGCCAAGAGCGUCGAUGGCGCGCAUUCUGUGAGGGCACGAUGCAUGAACUAAAAUAAUUGGAAUAAUUAACAUUUCUGGUGAGGGAUCUUAGGUAGCGAGACUACUCAUAAAGAAAGGAGACGUGAACAGAUACGGAAAUUUAAUAGCGGCAUGCUAAAUUCCCGGUGGCCCUUUCUGAGUGUCAUAGAAAAAGUUGUCUGGGAAGGAUGAGGAAAAUAAAAGUUUAAUCGAGUCAGUAUUCAGAUAAAGGCGUAGCCUUCUCUUAAAGGUGUGUAGAUUUUCUGAAGAUCUUAUAUUUAUUGGAAGGUUAUUCCAGAGGAAAGUAUACCUGGAAGCGAAAAAAGGGAGCGCUUAGAGGUGGAGGACGCUGGAAGAGGUAUAAUUAGAGACGAGUUGCGAAGAUUGUAUGGGCGACUACUAGGGGUAAGUGUUGAAAUCCGAGGAAAAUUUGAACUAUGAUUAAUGCGAAAGAGGAGACAGAAGCCCGCUUCUAGUCUUCGAACCCAUAAAAAUUUUAGGUUAGUUAGUUGGCACCUAUCUGUGUAGGAGGUAUUGGGAUGUUCCCUAUCUAAAAGUUUCUUUGAAAAACGUCUUUGGACAUUUUCAAUUUUUAAACGACUGGCUUCAUUCAUCAAACCAAAGAAUGGGCAACAAUACUCGAGAAUGGGAAGUACAAACAUACGAUAGAGCCUUAAUUUAAUUUCAGGAAGAUAGAAAUUGUAAGAAAUAAAGCCACAAAUCUGGGCAGCUUUGGCUGUAAUUCUGUCAGCGUGCGGCGAGAGAUCAAGAUUACUAGUGUAGCUUAAACCUAAAUCCUUGAUGGUGGUACAUUCAGUCAUAGGUGUGCCUUGAAAGACCACAGGUUGGGGUAGCCUAUCAGGUCCAAAACACAUAUAACGACAUUUAGACGGAGAGAAUUCCAUUAGCCAUUUUGAGCUCCAAGCUGAGAGAGCAAGCAAGUCAGCAUGGAUUUGCUCCAGGCAAUGAAGGCUCGUAGAUUUUUUGAAAGAAUAUACACAUUUGAGAUCAUCGGCAUAAAUAAAUGAUUGAGAAUGUUUAACUGCGGCUGAAAUAUCAUUUAUGUAAAGCAAGAACAAAAGAGGACCUAAAACGGUACCUUGUAGGACACCGCUCACAAUAGGACUUUCACUGGAAAGUGAAGAUCCCACCAAAACCUUUUGUUUACGAUUAGACAGGUAUGACCUGAGAAAGUCUAUUAGUGGACUGCGAAUUGCCAUAGCUUCCAAUUUAACCAAGAGUCUUUUAUGUGGCACUUUAUCAAAGGCUUUACUAAGAUCAAAAUAAAUUACGACAACAGAUAGGUGAUCAUUACGAAGAGAGGUAAGUAGAUCGAGAAACGACAGAUGACAUGUUUCACAAGAGCGAUCUGGUAAAAAACCAUGCUGGGAAGGGCUAAUAACUUGAUUGGCUAUGCAAAAUUCGGUAAUUUUUAUGGCGAUAAUUUUUUCAAAGAUUUUGGCGAGAGAGGGUGUUUUAUGGACACCUCGAUAGUUCUGUACGUCAGAACGACAGCAAAUAUCUUUUCGAUUAACAAGGACGGGGCUCGCACUAGUGCUAGGAGUUACCGGCCCGUCAAUCUCACCUGUAUCUGUUGUAAAAUAAAGGAUACGAUACUUUAGAAUUAAACAAUGAAGUUCCUGGAGCAGAACCACUUACUUACAGGACUACAGCACGGUUUCAGACUGAACCGCUCAUGCCUUCCCAGUUUAUUGUUCUCUACCGAGCAGUGGACUAGCGUACUAGACGAGGAUAUUAGUGUCAAUUUCAACCACAUCGAGUUCAAGGUGUUCGGCAGCGUUCCACACAAAGGUGUGAUCUGUAAACUAUCUGAAAUUGGUAUCAGAGGAAAGCUGCUGACUUGGGUCGCAGAUUUUCUUACAGGGAGACCACAAACCGUGUGUGUCGAUGUCUCGAAGUCAACCCCUAACUCCAUUCUAGGUGAUGUCCCCCAGGGCUCAGUCCUAUGUCCACUGCUUUUCCUAGUCCAUAUUAACUGAGUACCUCUACGACCUGGAGUUAAGCGCCGUCACGUUCACUGGUGAUGUUAAGCUGUAGAGAACCAGCAGAUCUGACACAGAUAUACACACACUUCAAGGGAGUCUCAAACAACUGAGCAGUUGUUAGCUUGCUGGCUCCUAAAUUUGUAUGUGGACAAACGUGUGGACCCGAGACUCCGUACCAGAAGGAUCAGUAAGGAGGAUGACUGCUUUCGAUGUCUCCUUGAUGAGCAGCCCCUUUCAAAUGUUGAGGAAGAGAAAGAACUCGGCGUCCUUAUGAUCUUCUCCCUUAAACCAUUGUCACAAUGUCAAAGGGUAGCUAAGAGGGUUUUAUUUGCCCUGAGGCGAGAAUUUGUGCAGAUCGAUAAGGAGUUGUUCGGACAAACCCAUAGGAUAUUUGUUUGAUCUCACUUAAAUUAUGCAGUCUACCUCAGGCGACUCUGAUUCAAGAGGGAUUAUCAACACCUGCAAAGAGUUCAGAUGAUGGCUAGAAAGAUAAUCAAGAAUAUUAAUCAUCUGCCAUACGAAAUCAGACUGUCUAAAUUAAAUUUGUUUUCCUUCAAUUGCAACAACUGCGCGACGACCUCAUUCAAACCUACAGGAUUGUCAGAGACCUUGAAUUUGGACUAGACUUUGAUGAAUUCUUCUAAUUGACAGGGACAGACCGUCUGCGUGGUAACCCCUUGAAACUGCAAAGGAAACUGGCCCAUACGGAUGUCCGACGGAACGCGUGCGCGCAUAGAGUCGUUAAAGCAUGGAACGGAUUCCCUGGUGCGGUGCACUUUCCGCAAAUGUUAAGUCCGUUAAAUGCAGACUGGACACUCAUUUUCUGAGAAACCACUGUACACGUGAUAACGAUUGUGUCAGUGUGGGCAGUUUGCGUUUGGCUCACAUCGCUAGUUUUUGAAUUUCCAGAUUUACUGAUGUAAAAGUUGAUUCUAUUGCUGUUUUGGAUACGAGCAGGGAGCUCCAACACGAAAACCCUAUUCCAAUUUUGAAUUAAAUCAAACUGACUUCUUGUUUUAGCUUUGAGCGAACACCCGACGGCUGAAAUGGGUUCCUCUCUUAUGCAACAUUUUCGGUAGUUUCCUCGGUCAGCAAAGAAGUUUCCUGGUCAUAUUUGUCGGAGCUUUGACAAUUGCCUUCAUUUCCUUUAACAUCCGCUCCUCGUUCUGACCUUAUGCGAACUGCUACCUCCUACUACGGGUCCCUCGCUCUUUCUCUCAUCACUUUGUCAAUUGCCUCAGCGGUCAGACGAGAAAUACUGUUAUUGUAUCUAUAGCGAUCUUGCGGUUUAAGUGAGCUCUUCAGCUUUGCAAAUUCCCCCCUUAGGAAGAAUGUUUCGUCAUGCAGCGGGCGCCAAAUUUAUCGGUCGUCAUUAUUAAAACAAAAUUAAACUCUUCACAUGUUCGUUUGUGUGUCCGGAUAUGUACUCCUGAAUGCUUUUAAAACUUGCAUUAACUGUAUCCACAUGCGUACUUAUGAAACGUAUACCAUCGACAUUCCGUAGACCACACUGACAUUGGUCAUCUCAUGACCGACAUGGAUUAAGCGAAACGUAUUCGACCAUUGUCAUGAUCAACGUCAGAACAUUUCCCAAAUGAGAUUAGCGACUCUGAUGGCCAAAUAUUUUCGAAGGGCACGAUUCGACCAAGACGGUCGCCGUGUACCUUCCCGUCGCACUAAUGCUGAAUACAGAGGGCAGUUCGCGAUUUUCGACUAUCGCCGAUUCAACGGGAAAACUGAUAAUAACAAAUAAGCCCUCUUACAUCGAACCACCAUGGGUGUACUGCCAUCGUAAGGUGCGGAUCGUUUGCAUUUCCACGCACUGAUGGUACGCCCAACGCUCCGGCUAAAUUCAAACUGUUAUCUUGGAUAAGUCAGUGUACAUAGCAAAUGCCCAAAGGCGAGUAAACGAUAAGCAGCCAUACAAAGUCACAGAAUCUCACCCAAAAACACCGGUAGGCAAACUCAACAUGCACCUGAAUCUUAUAAGGGCCAAGCGAAAAAUACCUGAAAACGAUUGGUUACAGGUAAAUUUGCAAAAUGCAGUGACAGCGUGCUUCUAUAUCCAAGCAACAAAAACCAUAAGCUAAACGUCCGCUUUCGACCAAUCUUUGUGCUAAAAGCCAUACCUAUAUACGACAUUUAUAAAUGCCCUGAUAAACAUCUGAAACACGCAUAUCGAAAAAACUCAACGACGUCAAAUUGGAUCCAGCCGAAUUUAUUCAAUAUAGAUAGAUAGAUAAUUUUUAUUAAAGACCCGUCGGGGUCCCAUCAAAGCAAGUUAAAAUAAAUUUGCAUGCGAGUUUUAGACGAGGUAGGCCGAAUCUUUACAAAAUUCAAUUCAUAGUUUCUAAAUUAGAAGUCCAUUGAGAAACAUGAUGAUUGAGGGGCGAAAAAAAACUCCUUACAAAAAGUUAAAAAUGAUUGGAUUGAUUUUACAGGAGAAAGAAAACCCCUCCAUAAAAAUAAUAACAGAAAAAAGCGAGCAGGACUGGCCUGUAGGUGGCGGUAUAUAACGGAAUGUUGUCGGUCAUCGUCAUGGUAGCAAUAAAUGUCAGCCUUGAUGGGUACGAAUGUGGGUCAGACAGGACUGGCUUGCAAAUGGCAUUGUAUAAGGGAUUCACAAUUGAGAUCGUCUGGGCCUGAUUGAUACGCCGCGUCAAAGAGGCCAGACGAGAGGAACCGAGAUGCGAUCGGCCACAGCACGCUUCGAGCUCAGCCGAGCAGUGAGGAAAGGAGGUACGACUGAACUACUAGUAGACAGUGAAUACUGAGGGUUCCGCCGUGAGCGUCGACAGACCGCAUGAGGUCGGAAUGCGGGAGAUGACAUCAAAAACCGCGAAAAUUGUCGCUAUGGGGGGAAGGAUAGCGAUGAUCUAAUGAUAUAAUUAAGAGUUACCACUAGAUCUACCACUAAAUCCCAGGAGGACCCUUCUCGAAGUCAAGAAUCUGAGUGUUCGGGAAUGAGACCGUUAACAGUGCCUUUAUGCUUUCCGGUGUAAGAUGGCUGCGUAAUUUCGACUUGAAUACCAGCAACUUAGGCGAUAAUCUAAUUUCAGGCGGAAGAUUAUUCCAAAGGAAGGCAUAUUUGGAAGCAAAGAACAGGGAGCGCUUAGAUGUAGUACAAUGAGGCGGCGGAAUCACCAUGCAGGAGUUGCGCGUGGCAUAAGACCGAUCUCUCGGAGUGAGAGUGUCAAUGUGCGGAAGACUGAAGCUAGAGUUGAUGCGAAAAAGGAAGCAAAGGCCAGCUUCGAAUCUUCUAACCCACAAAAACUUCAUGUUCGCCAGCUGACAUCUCUGAGUAUAAGAAAUACUGGACGAAGCUUGAGAGAACAGUUUCCGGGUGAAAACCCUCUGAACAUUUUCGAUUUUAUUACGGUCGCAGGCGUUCAUUAAACCGAAGAAAGGACAGCAAUAUUCGAGGACUGGAAGAACAAACAUUUGAUAAAGUCUUAGCUUCAUUUCCGGAAGGAAGAAAUUAUGCGAUAUAAAUCCACAUAUCUGCGCGGCUUUGGCAGAGAUUCUAUUUGCAUGAGGUGAUAAGGCAAGCUUAUUUGUGUAACUUAGACCUAGGUCCUUUAUGGUGAGGCAUUCUGAGAGUGGGUUAUUCUGAAAAAUUAUGGGACCAGGAAGUUUGGUAGGACCAAAAGACAUGAAACUACACUUGGAUGAUGAAAACUCCAUCUGCCAUGUCGAACCCCAUCUGCUUAAGCGUAGUAAAUAGUCAUUAAUUUUUUCAACACAAACAUUUGCGGUGUCCUUAGAGUAUGAGUAUACAGGCAGUUCGUUUUGCGUCGUUGACCUGAGCAUCCUUGUCCUACGAGUAUUAACUGAUAUAGAUUGGGGACCAUUUUUAAAUCGAGUAAAACAAGAAUACUACUGAUAUGUACCGGAUUCAGUGUAACUAUGAACGUAAACUGCUGGUUGCCUUAUGCACCGCCUGUCCGACCCGCAUUUCGCUUAAGACCGACACGAAUACGUGCGCAAUUAAUGCAGGCAUCAUUAACUUUUUCUUUUUAACAGUCCUUUCGCAACGAGGGGAAAGAAGUUAUCCCAUUGGAACUGGACUUUUCUACUUAGUGGAUCGAUAUUGUCGCAUUCUGUGAUAGAACGCUGUGUUAUUCCCACCGGUGUUGUUCCGUGAAUGGAGAGGUAGCCAUACUUCUCCACCAUUAACUCGCCCGAAAAGCGACGCCGACUCCACAUGCAAGUAGUUACUGGAAUACGGCCAGCUGAUAGUCCACAUGAACCGCAUUAUACCCAGAAGUUAAUGAGUUGGUGAAGGGAACCAUGCGUUUACCAAAUAAUGGUCAAGUGUUCAUUGUAGAAACGCAUCAAACACACGACUGGAACAUACGUCAACGGGUGGUGUGAAGGUAUACGGAGACUUCAUAUUCAUAUCCCUGGAAACGUUUCCCUUCACUAUGCAGAAAGCUGUAAGAGAUCCCCACGAAGUUGCCUUUAACUCAAAUGGAAGGGGUUCGGAUUUACAAGGCGGGUCGCAUAAGGGAAGGAGCUUUGAUCCUUAACCAUUUUCGUGGCUCACAUCUGAACACUUUCAAGGCAAUUUCGAUCUUGAACUGUCCACGGCCUCCAGGCUUGUAUGUCAUACUCCAAGUGCGGCCGCACGAAAGUUCGGAAUGUUUUUGAGAAAACAUCUUCCGCAAAAUCCAUAAAUGCACGCUUGGUGGGGUAUAGCACGGACACUGCUCUUUUUGUCACUCUUGAACAGUGAUUCAUGAUAUUUAUUCCGUGUUAUGCACUGCUAUGCAUUAAUCCGUCUAUUUCACUUCCCUGGGUAGAUCACUAGCAAAACUCGAACAGAAAAAUUGGUUUCAUCUUAAUAUGUUUUCAUAUUAAAGUCUGUCCUUUCAUUCAAUAAGCUGAUCAGGCAUAACGUGGUGGACAUUUAACUAAACUCUUGGACAACAUCGGAGAUUGUAUCUGGCGGAGGUAUGGAAUGCUGAACGUUUAUACAAAUGCUAAGCAGUCAUUCAGAAGCAUUAGCUUCCAACAUAAAAAGGCGUAUUGGAUAAAACCUGUGCGACUGAUAUUGAACUGCCGGCCCAAUUGGGGUACCAGAGUGACCCCUCUAUUUAGAAAUCAGAAAAUUGCCAAGAAAACUGCACGCUCAAAAUGCUGAUAAUAAGUCUUCGUAAGCAAAUUUCAGGAAAUUUAAGGAAUAAAAUGUUGGAUACGCACAUGGUAUCACGAAAGGAAUCAGUCAAAAAGGAGUUGCUUGUUUUACUACACCCCUAUUAGUGCGGUGAAGAUAAAAGCUAAAUUCAAAACGUUCGCGCCUUUAUUGGAAGAAGCGGGUAAGAUGCGACAAGCUGUGCUUGAGUAACAUACGGUCCACAUCACUGAUAUACACGUAAAGGUAUCUUAAAAGUCGCGUCGAGAGUAGCUGGUUACAACUCGCAUGAAUGACAAUUGUCCGGGCGUCAUUAAUGACGUUACCUGUCUGCGAUUCAGUGACACGCCCCUGGUCGAUAACAUCACACUAGCCCAGGACUAUCUUCCAAAAUUAGUCUGUGUCAGGCCAGUAGCUCCUUGCCCUGAGAACGUUCUAGUUGCCCAGGGCUAGUCCGGUUGGGGGAUAGUGCUGCGAUUAACGAACUUUUGUCAGCAAUCUCGGCAGAAACUGACUAAACGCGUGCAGUAAGUUGACGCGUCUUUUCGGAAGAGUUAGGAACGUUGUCGCCGGAGGCGAUUUAAGUCGCCGGACAGGCGUCUAAAGUUCCGGACAAAGUUCGCGCGUACACCCCUGCAUGCGCGCAUACGCGCGAAGGGACCACUCAGGGGUGACGUCCAAGAUGCACUCGGGUGGGCAUCGAGGAGGUGGUGUAGCAGAAUGGCUCCUUUUCCCGCACAGGCCGACUGCCGUCAACCAAUUAGAUCUCUAGUCCGCAAAUUAAACGGACUAGCAGAGGUCUAGCCCCCCGGUUCCUAGAUGCUAUCAGGGUGGCAUUAUUAUCUCGGACUGUACACAGUCAGUCAAGCAGACCAUUGACUACGCACAAGCCGGCAGAUCUGAGCCGCUAGUGCAGGAAAAGGCGGCGGGUAGCACAGUGUUGCCAGGUGCUAAUCGGAGUAAUUAAGUUUCGCGGAGAGAAGCGUAGCAAAUGCAUUUGCAGGCACAAGUUUGACUUCUUCGGGGGUCGGAAGCUGCAAGUGGCUGCUCCAGUCAGGUGACCGGUGCUUACCAGCUUAUCACUUACAGGGAGCGACUGCCUUUCGAGAUUGCAGACACGUUUGGGCUACAACCUCGGAGCGUUUUCGCUAAAAAAUUUCGAAUUAGCUUGCAUGCGAUGACGUGUGCUGCUAUGCCAUCUUCGGUGUAACCCACCACAGAGCGGGCUUCAUCGUAAUUGCGUUCUUGGACAUUAAGCGCGACAAUGAACCGGUGGCUAUGAAACUCCCGCGAUUCAGAGCAGCCUAGGCUGUUAUUUAGCUGAAUUUCAUGCACCAAACCCGUUAUCGCCAAACAGCACGGGAAAGUACACCCAUCGUCAGCUUUCUCCAUCAAAAGAAGACGGACAGGUGGAUAGUGGAAUAUUUGAUAGGUACUACGGAUUGCUAGCCGAGGUUGGGGGGCACGAGGUAAGAAGUCUGUCCAACUUACGGGCUUCCAGCACAAACUCCAAUAGAUGGCCUGCCACCGAACUUGCAUGUAAUCAUCAUUGCACCGACAGCUCCGAGUGUACGUAUUCAUAAUUUUUCAUCCGGCAUAUUUCAGAACACAUUUGUAGAGCAGAACCAAACUCAAUAGACACUUUUGGAAAAUGCUGUAAGUGAAUGCAGUAUGGAUGGAGGGCGCGAUUCACGACAGGGGAGUUGGGGCCAAAUUGCGUGUGAAGGCCGUCUGUUUGGGUCGUGGUCACAGUUGCGACGAAAGGUGCUGUCGGCUUGCGUCAAAUCAUGACAAAGAAAGCUUUUUCAAUAUGAGUUGGCGGAUGUGACCGCCGGCUUGAAUUACAAAAAUGAGGUGUCUUGCAAACAUGUCCCAGCCCUCCUCUCGGUGUAAUCUUACUGCAAGGGGAGUGAAAAACGCCUCAUUUGGCGCAAAGGCUAACUGUGAACCUGAUACCCCUCAUGAAGGUUGAGAUGCCGGCCGUCAGCUUGACAAUACCCGCUCUGAGUAUUGUGUAUUCUGAAUCACUGAUUAUGCAGCCGGACGCUACUUACCCGACAAAUAGGUAUGACUGCGCGUCGUAUCCAAAUGUGAUACUUGUAAGUACUAGCGUUCUCAGUCUGCUCUAAGUCGUUUUUAGCCAAGAUCACACGAUCUGUGUGUUUGUCGAUAAAGACGCAGUGGAAAAGAAGGUCUCAGGAAGCAUUUCAGGCAAAUGAGAUGUACAUAGUGAUGUUCACAUUUCAUACACGACGAGCUCUUAAGCCCAAGGUGCGCACUUUAUCCGCAGAAUAAAAAUGCAGGACAUUUGCUGCAUUUCUUCCAAAAUCCAUUUAUGCUGGUGCUGCCAAUUUUUUAAAAAUGGCAAAACAUAACAAAAUGAUCCGUCGCCCUGUGGCCGUACAUGUCGGGUGGAUGGUGCUGACGCGGGUGCCUAUGGGCCCGUUAUACAGGACAACGGUGGUCGUAUACUGGGACACACCUUACUUCCUACAUCCCUUUAGUUUGUUCUGAAUCCAAUACUCCGCUACUCUUUUCGUAGACUUUCUUCGUUCUUUCCAAUCUCUCGUUUUUGGCUGGUAUUUUACUCGUGUUCCACCUUAUCUGACUAAUUUAUGUGGCUCAUGACAUAUUCGGUGGUUUAAUUUUUGUUAUUCUUAUUGCCCUUUAUUUCUUAUAACACAUACUGAAUUUUUGCUUGGACCUACCUGCGACUGUCAGUGCCACCCCUCCCCUAUGUCUCAUAUUCCUUCUAAUCUUCGUUAACCUGUUGUCGACACCCAUAAAUUGUCCCCGCCCCACCCACUCGAAGUCGAAAAUUUCUACGACUGAAAACUCUCGGUAGGGUAGUUUCUAUGAUGCCACUCCCCUGAUCGCCACACGCCAGUGUUCUUUUGCUUCGAGGACAGCUUGACCCUCGCUGUUUUUCCAACCACUACAACCUCUCCUCUAUGCGUGUGUCAGUAAUCGUGCCUCGUAAUCAGUUUCAUAUCCAAGCUCCUGCUGGGACGAUGACUCUUCUACAAACGCCCUUCUACUCCUGGGUUGUAAAGGCUAGCCGAACACCAAUGCUUUGGACCAAGUCCUCGACGGGUUUUUCUCUGGUCUCCGAUUAAAGGGCAUUAAGUGGCAGUUUCGUAUUCGACCGGCAGCAGUUCACCAAACUUCUAAAAUUUCUGAAUCGGCUCCUUGACUUCGAGACGUUGACUGUAUCUGCCACUCGUAUUUGUACUUGAUACGGCUGCGAUCACGCCUGAUCUAGCCGGCCUCGAUGAUGUCCCGAACUGUACUUCUCCACGCAUGACGAUCCGCGGCAGCAGAUCUGGACAGCUCAACCCAUUCCCUUCGCCAACGACGGAGACCGAAUACCGAAGGUCCAGGAACCACCUCCGUGUGUUGACGAACUGUGUCGAGCUCAGUGUUAGGGGGUCAUUUCAAAACCACUCGCACUUACCGGUAACCUGAGCAGUAUCCCGCCUCCUUUUACUCCAAACGGCACGGAGGACUGGCGAUGCCACCCACAGUUAAGGGACCGGCGCGACAUGGAAAUUUCCCUGGUACUGCCUCUCUUUUCGUAGUGUCUUCAGUUAACGCACUAAGCCGCACAUACCACUGCCGGCCACCCCGCCACAGUCCUUUCCAUCAUCGAGCCGAACCUAAACGCUCGCAUACCUCAUUCUGGUUAUUAUGGAAUCUGGCGAGAAUGGAGGCAGCGCCUAGACUACCAGCUCAUCAGGCUUACCGUAUUGGAAAGUUUUGUAAAUUUCCCGGAUCGACGACCCAUCUGACGCCUACUAGUUUUUCAACGUCGAUCACUUAAUCAGUUAUUAGAAAAUGUAUGCUUGGAAGGAAAGCCGCAUCUUGAUUGUAUUUAUUUUCCCUUCUUGCUCGUACCAAUCCAGUACUUAGUGGGUCUCUCUAGGAUCACCUUUACGCGGCGAAAUCUGUCUGACCUAAAUCUCCGGGACCUCGUGUAAUUGGAUGUCAUUGUCCGUGGAUAAGGGGUCGUUUUUGAUGUUCUUCAUCUCUUCCUUCAGAGAUCACAAGAAGCCGGUUUGAUCAUAAAUCACAAGUGCUGUUUACUCCAUCUGCAGAUUACAUAUCGAACUUUUGUUUCCCAGGAGAAUGAUCCCCGACUUUAUAAGACGCACCAGGUGCCGGUAUGGCUAGCGCCCCAAUCUCAAACCGGCGCAGUCGUCUUUACCUAUGACUUCGCGAACGUAACACUUCCUCUCAACUGACGGACCAAAGAAGGCUAGUUUUUCGCGUGCAAAGCAGGGUGCGCAGGCCUUCUCGCCUCGAAAAACUGCAUUGCCUUCUGCCCCAUCCUAGCUUUUCCCAAUAGGGACGUCCGCGAGCCCCACUCUUAUUGGAUACCGACGCCAGUGACUUCGCCAUUGACACAAUGGUCAAUCAGAAAGACUUGGAAGGUUUCGUACAGCUUACAGCGCACAUCAGACGACGCCGUGGCAAGGCUCCGUGGCGGGACUGCUGCAAACGUCCAUUUGCUGCGACUCGUUACGUUCGUCGAAAAAUUUCGACGUCUCCUUCAUGCCAAAGUUUAAUUGUCUAAAUCCGCAGACGAACGAGUCGCCCGCACGGUUAACACAUGGGUGAGUUCGAUUUUGGAUGUAAGUGCCAACCAAGAAACCGACCGACACCCUUUCCAGCCACCCGGCUCCCGUUAACCUCCGCAUACAUCAGUCCACUCGUUUUAAUAAUCAGCAUAUUCUCAGCAGCCAGGUACGAUGGGCUUGCCCCAGGCUCCCCAAAUUCACUAAUCUCGACCGUAAAAUCUCCAAUUCAACCACAUUUGCUGCUCCGGAGAUGACUCGAGAGUCCACUGCAUUUGGAUGAUGUAGCCCUUUCUUCGCCAGUCGGGACGUCCCUUUCUUUCUGCAUAACCCUUCACUCCCCAGACUUAUCGUAUCGCAUAUUCCACAUCAUCCGCGAAAAGCUGGCCCAUCGUUAGCAGGCCAAAACCCGCUGCUGAUUAUCCGAUCUGAGACGUGAUGUCACUUUAUUUUGUCAGAAGUCAAUGCGCUUAAAUCAUCGGUGUAAUGUAACUUCCCCGGGAGACCAUGACGAACCUUCUAGACACAAUGAGCCUACUCUCCCUCGAAAAAUCCUGCUUAUCUCCCAUUGAGUCAGGAGUAACAGUCAACCCAAAAGCACCAGUCAAAUCUUACCGGCAUUCUUUCACAACGUGGUAUAUAGACCCUUGGAAUGCCUUUCUUCCUGUCGCGUCGACGUACACUCCCCCAAUCUUUUUAUAAUUCCGAUCGUCAUGACCUAUGCGUGCCCUCGGAGCCCACCAUUCCCAUGCCACACCUCCCGCUGUAACUUCACAUAGAUACCUGGAAUUUGGUCUACUUCCUCCAAGCCAUCCGCUAUACGGAACGCACGCAGUCGCAGACUGCUCGUGCCCGCUGUCGGAAUUAAAUUCACAAACACGCGUGAGAGAGUUCGAACAAUAAUUAGAUGGAAAAUCAAAAGGAGUACCCUAGAGUAAGGCUUCAUUCAUCCUGUAUCUGGAAUGUCUGAAGUAAAACGUGAAAUAGGACCCCAGUUAAUGCAGUGGGAAUGGUCAGAGCAACAAGGUGGCAUGACACCCACCAGAAUGACCAUUACGAUCACUGGGUGCACAUUGUGGACAAGGCAUCGGCAGAGGACGGUAUUCGCGCAAAAAUCGGCAAGUCUUAUUUUCGACACCGGUGCCCUGGCCCCAUGAAGUGGUUGAGAAGCGUGGAGAGAUAAGGUCUCCUUAUUGACUGCGGCUCGGAAAUCUUUAGGUUUAUCUUCAAAGUGGAGAUAAGACAAGGUACGAGAACUCCUCCCGCAUAAGCCUUAUCGACUUUGCUGCAAAGGUCAUGGCUGUUACCUUCCUCGGGCGAUUCCAGGCCAUGUGUGUUUCUAGGACGAGGUCCAACUAAGCCGGAUUUAAAGUUGGGUGUGAAUGUGCGGACCAGAUAUUCUAACUGAGGCGCAUCCCUGAAUUCCGCAUAGCUACUAACGACGGACAGCCGUACACUUGGUUGAUUUCACCGUCCGAUCCCGUCCGUCGUGAGUUCCUGCGGCGGAUGAAGGCACUGAUAAUGUACCGGCAAAAAUUAUCGUCAUAGUCAAGGCCUUCUACCGCUCCACAAGUGCACGAGCCUUUUUUUCUCAUUGCAAUCUGUUCCAACUGUUCGAUAUCGUGUUCUACAAGGCUGUAUCCUGUCGCCCCUUCUAUACAACUACGGCACUGAGCGAAUUCUCGACAGGGCUUCUCACGAGGCUGGUAGUGUUGAAUUUGCACCCCCACGCCUGUUGGCCGAUCUCAAUUCCGCUGAUGAUAUCGCCAUGCUAGCACAAAGCUUUAGCGAUCUACAGUCUAUGGUGUCGUGAGUAAAUAAAGUCGGCAAAUCCGUCGGUUUGGCCAUGAGAGCUGGGAUGAUCAAAGUAUUUUCAAGCUGCAUUCCUGAUCUUGAGAUUAAUGGUAGUCAACUGGAAAAAGUAGAGUCUUGAAUAAUUUCGGGCAAGGCUGCCUCAUCGCUAUUUUGUCCGCCAGAUGCCUUUUUGCAUACGCAUCUCUCUUUGAGGACAACGUCCUGUUCUCCCAUGGAGUGCCUUGCACUUACCUCGACAGGCCGCCUUUGCAUCACCCGAUCGCGGUUGGCUGCUUCUCUUAUCACUGGGAUUUAUUCUCCCCUGAUUUUUUCACUCUCCCCGUUCGCACUUAUGAUCAUACUUUUAGUCUACAUUCGAAUUACUAAUUUCCCCUUUUAAUAUUCUGCCAUCUUGGGACCUGGGGUCGCUGUACAGCGUUACGCCACAAGGAACGAUGUCUGGCCUUCUCGAAGACUGCCGCCGCUUAUUCUCCACGGACUGUCUAUAUGCUCUGUUUGAUUGUGAGAGAUCAUGCUCUGCCACAGAACGCAAGACUCCCUUCUUGUACUAAAAGCUUUAGUUAAACGAGCAUUCUACAAGAAGUCUUUAAAGUAUCACCCCGACCGCCACGGUCAUCAGAAGAAGUCGGAGGCCACAGAGCGGUUUCAAGUCCUUUCAGCUGCAUUCCGCAUCCUUAAUGAUAAGGAGACCCGAGCAAUUUAUGACGAGACAGGUAAGUGAAAGUUUAGUAAUGUCUUUGUAGGCAUCGUCGGAGAAUCUUUCUCAGAAAAGUCCUUCAAGGACUGGGUAGACUAUUGGUCUCUCAUAUUUCCGAAAGUUACAUCUGAAGCUAUCGCUGAUUAUGCUGCAAAAUACCAUGGAAGCAAAGAAGAACGGGAUGACCUUAUCGAGCUCUAUAAUAAGCAUAAAGGUGACAUGGAUGCCAUAAUGGACUCGAUGAUACUGGCUGAGGCUACUGAUGAAGACAGGAUUCGAAAGUUGAUAGAAGACCUCCUGGCCGAAAAAGUGUUGGAACCGUUAGAUGCCUUCGUCAAUGAACCACCCAAGAAGAGGGCGAAGCGCCUAAGGCGUGCCCUUAAGGAGGCAAAUGAUUGCGCAAAGGAAAAGAAAAGAGCAUCAAAAAAAGAUGCUUCGGCAGACUCCCUAGUCCUUGCUCUACAGGCAAACCAGAAGAGACGUCUUGCUGAAUCCGAAAAUCUUCUUGACCGACUGACGGAUAAGUACUGCAAGCCCCAAACGAAGCGGAAAGCCUCCAAGUAA